ACGUCAGCAAACGCUAUAAAAUCAACUCAUAGCGUCUAUCACCCCGAAUCAUAGCCCACUUCGCCGGCCCAGUGUUCACCAAGCCCCUGCUAACCACCUGCAGAGGCCCCGCUGUAUCUCCAUCCCUUCUGGUUGUUUCAGCACCAUGGCCAGCAUUCUACUGCUUUUCCUCGCCGCCUCCUGCUGCGCAUGUCUCUGUCUCGCUGACGGCGACACCUCGUUGGAGUUUGAGACUCGCGCUCUAGAGUUCCCCCACAAAUCACAAGAAGAGAAGGAUCUGAUUGAAGCUUUGCAAGAAGUUCUGGAGAAACUGAAGAACAAACAGAUGCCGUUAUCAGAAAAGAAGCUCGGCUGGCUGCCGUCGUGUGACGCAGGCGAGCAGUGCGCUGUUCGCAAGGGUGCGCGUGUCGGAACGCUGUGCGGAUGUCCGCGUGGGACGACCUGCAACUUCUAUGUCCUCAAGUGUUUGUAAGAAGAGAAGAAGAGAAAAUGACAAACAGUGUAGGUAGGGGAGAGAGAGAGAACAGAAGCUGUUUCCUCAUUCUGUGGAUCACAUUCAGAUGUGGAACGUUCAGACAGAAAUAUUGUAUGUUGAACAGACAUGUCUCUAUCUGACAUGUGAAGUAAAUAGGAAUCAUAUCAGCUUUACUUUCAGUAUGUUGCCCUCUCCUGUCCUGAACGUGACCCUGGUGUGUAAUGGAGGGUUUGUUGUCUAACAUAAAGGCUGUAUCUCAAAUACCAAUCUAUUCCCUAUAAUGCUCUAUUUUGGCCCGAGUCCUAUGUGUCAGUCCUAUGUUGCUUCGGUCAAAAGUAUUGCACUUUAUAGGGAAUAGGGUGUCAUUUAAGACACUACCCAACUUGUUCCCUUCAUCUGUGCUCUCUGCUGUCUCGUCUAUUUUGACUAAGUACAAAGAAAUUCAAUGUGAUUAAUAAAGUCCUUGAUUUACA